UGUCAAGCGAACUUUCAAAAGCUGCUACAUUCGAACCAGCGCCAGGAUCUCCACGGUGGGGGACCCUGGAGCGGACGGGUCAGGCCUAAGGGACAUGCUGGGAGAUCCGACCAGCGGGUGAUCCGCAACUUUCCGGCGAGACUGCUGCGGAGAACUGCGCUCUGCCUCUUCUUUUAUUCUCCCAAGCUCUGCCCACGCUGGCGUCCUGCUUCGCUGGACAGCUGGGCAGUGAGUGAAUUGAAUUCCCCGUCCGCCCCGGCGCCUCCGGGCAGAUGUGAGUGUCGCUCUCGGUCCGUGCACCGUCUCAUUUCCCAGGAGGUAAUCGUCGGCGGUCCCCCCGCCCUCCGUGCGCUCUGGUUCGGGGCGCUGAAGCCAGCGUUUUGGCGGUGAGCCGGUUCUUGGAUGCUGAAGGCUGGGCUCCUGCAGCGUGGGUGCUGAAGCAGCAAUGGGUGUCUUGAAAGUGUGGCUCGGGGUGGCCCUAGCAUUGGCGGAAUUUGCAGUAUUGCCUCAUUCUGAAGGUGCUUGUGUCUAUCAGGGUUCCUUGUUGGCGGACACCACAAUUUGGGAGCCUGACUCAUGCCAGAGUUGCCGUUGCCAUGGUGAUAUUGUUAUUUGCAAACCUGCUGUUUGCAGAAAUCCUCAGUGUGCUUUUGAGAAGGGAGAAGUACUUCAGAUAGCUGCCAACCAGUGCUGCCCUGGGUGUGUGUCAACGACUCCUGGAUCUUGCCAUCAUGAAAAGAAAAUCUAUGCGCACGGGACAGAGUGGUCCUCCUCCCCAUGUAGUGUGUGCUCCUGCACUCAUGGUGAAGUCCGAUGCACCCCCAAACCAUGCCCACCGCUGUUGUGUGAACACCAGGAGCUGGAAUUCAUCCCUGAAGGAAGCUGCUGCCCCAUCUGUGUGGGCCCUGGAAAACCAUGUUCCUACGGAGGCCGUGUGUUUCAGGAUGGGGACGACUGGCCAUUGAGUCGAUGUGCCAAAUGCGUGUGUAGAAAUGGGGCCACCCAGUGCUUUGCAGCUCAGUGUCAGCCUCUGUUUUGUAACCAGGAUGAAACUUUAGUCCGAGUCCCUGGAAAGUGUUGCCCACAGUGCUCUUCCCGAUUGUGCUCCGCAGCCAGCCACGUGUAUGAGCAUGGUGAACAGUGGAAUGAAAAUGCCUGUACCACAUGUAUGUGUGACCGGGGUGAGGUCCGGUGCCACACACAGGCCUGCCCUCCAUUAAGAUGUGAAAAGGGUCAGAGAAGGGCUCGGCGUCAUGACAAAUGCUGUGAGGAAUGUGUGUCUCUUGCCGGAAGCUGCUCAUCCAAUGGGAUUGUACGGUACCAGGAUGAAAUGUGGAAAGGUUUGGCCUGUGAGUUCUGCAUGUGUGACCAUGGCCAAGUGACCUGCCAGACUGCAGAGUGUGCCAAAGUGGAGUGUGCCCAGGGUGAACAAUUAAUUCACUUAGAUGGAAAAUGUUGUCCCGAAUGCAUUUCAAGGAAUGGCUAUUGUGUUUAUGAAGAAAGUACAGAAUUUAUAUCCUCAAAUGUGAGUGAAGUUAAACGUGUUCCAGAGGGGGAGAAGUGGGAGGAUGGCCCUUGCAAGUUGUGUGAGUGCCGGGGGGCUCAGGUAACUUGCUAUGAGCCCUCUUGUCCACCGUGUCCAGUGGCCACACUAGCCCAGGUGGUGAAGGGACAGUGCUGCCUAGAAUGCACGUCAGUUCAUUGCCACCCAGACUGCUUGACCUGCUCUCAGUCUCCUGACCACUGUGAUCUCUGCCAGGACCCCACCAAGUUGCUGCGGAAUGGACAGUGUGUGCACAGCUGUGGUCCGGGAUUUUACCAAGCUGGUACUCUCUGUUUAGCCUGCCAGCCUCAGUGCUCCACGUGUACCAGUGGGCUGGAGUGCUCCUCCUGCCAGCCUCCCCUGUUGGUGCAGCACGGACAGUGUGUGUCCACCUGUAGGGACGGCUUCUAUGAAGAUCGCCACUCCUGUGCAGCCUGUCACGAGUCCUGUGCGGCCUGCUGGGGUCCCAUGGAGAAGCACUGCCUGACCUGCAGAGACCCCCUCCAAGUGCUGAGAGAGGGCGGCUGUGAGAGCAGCUGUGGCAACGGGUUUUACAACAAGCAGGGGACCUGCAGUGCUUGUGACCAAUCCUGUAAGAGUUGUGGCCCCAAUAGUCCCAAAUGUCUUACGUGUACUGAGAAGACAGUAUUGCACGAUGGCAGGUGCAUUUCCGAAUGCCCUGGUGGGUACUACGCUGACGCCAGCGGCAGAUGCAAAGUUUGUCAUAACUCGUGUGCAAGCUGCUCCGGACCCAGGGCCUCUCACUGUACAGCCUGCAUCCACCCUCAGGUUCUGCAACAAGGCCACUGUCUGCCCAGCUGUGGAGAGGGCUUCUACCCUGACCAUGGGGUCUGCAAAGCCUGUCAUUCCUCUUGUCUGACGUGUGUGGGACCAGGGCGCUCUCACUGUACCCAGUGUAAGAAGCCAGAGGAAGGACUGCAAGUCGAGCAGCUGUCUGGGGCAGCCCUCACUGCUGGCGAGUGUCUGCCCCAGUGCAGGGCCCAAUUUUACUUGGAGAACACUGGGCUGUGUGAAGCUUGCCACCAAUCCUGUUUCGGGUGUGCAGGGAAGAGCCCUCAUAAUUGCACAGCCUGCCGGCUUUCCCAUGUGCUGUUGGAUGGGCAAUGCCUCUUCCAGUGCCCAGAUGGACACUUUAACCAGGAAGGCAGUUGUACAGAAUGCCACCCCACCUGUAGGCAGUGCCAUGGCCCAUCGGAAUAUGAUUGCAUCUCCUGUCACCCUCAUGUCACUCUUACUGGUGGGAAGUGCAGAACCAGCUGUAAAGAAGAGCAGUUCCUCAACCUUGUGGGGUACUGUACUGACUGCCAUCCUCUGUGCCAGCACUGUGCAGCUGAUCUCCACAACACUGGGAGUAUCUGCCUGAGGUGCCAGAAUGCCCGCUACCUGCUCCUGGGGGACCACUGUGUUCCCCGUUGCCCUUCUGGAUACUACGCAGAGAACGGAGCUUGUAAAAAAUGUCAUUCCUCCUGCAGAACCUGCCAGGGCAGAGGACCCUUUUCCUGUUCCUCAUGUGACACCGACCUCGUUCUGUCCCACCUUGGCACCUGCAGCACCACCUGCUUCCCAGGGCACCAUCUCGAUGAUAACCACGCUUGUCAACCAUGCAACACACAUUGUGGAAGUUGCGAUUCACAGGCCAGCUGUACCUCUUGCCGAGAUCCAAGCAAGGUCCUGCUCUUUGGGGAAUGUCAGUAUGAGAGUUGUGCCCCACAGUACUAUCUUGAUGUCUCCACAAAGACAUGCAAAGAGUGUGAUUGGAGUUGCAAUGCAUGCAGCGGGCCGCUGGGGACCGACUGCCUGCAGUGCAUGGAUGGCUACGUUCUCCAGGACGGGGCCUGCGUGGAGCAGUGCACGCCAUCAUUUUAUCCGGACGCGGGCCUCUGCAGGAGCUGUGACGGCCACUGUCUGCAGUGCCAAGGGCCCCAGGAGUGCACCCGCUGUGAAGAGCCAUUUCUCCUCCUGGAAGCCCAGUGUGUCCAGGAAUGUGGGAAGGGAUACUUUGCAGAUUAUGCCAAUCGCAAAUGCACAGCCUGCCCUCGGGGGUGUUUGCAGUGCAGCCGCAGAGACAGGUGUCACCUCUGUGACCAUGGGUUCUUUCUGAAGAGUGGCCUUUGUGUUGCCAACUGCAUUCCUGGCUUCUCUGCCCACUCCUCUAACGAUACAUGUGCUGGCAAAAUACACACUCCUGGUCUUCAUGUGAACGGCUCCCUCAUCCUUGCAAUUGGUUCAAUGAAGCCCCUGGAUUUUUCGCUCCUGAAUGUCCAGGACCAAGAUGGCAGGGUCGAAGAUCUUCUGUUCCAUGUUGUGAGCACCCCCACCAAUGGUCACCUAGUGCUCUCAAGGAAUGGAAAAGAAGUUCAGCUCGACAAGGCUGGCCAUUUUAGCUGGAAAGAUGUGAAUGAGAAAAAAGUGCGUUUUGUGCACAGCAAAGAAAAACCCAGGAAAGGUUACUUUUCCCUGAAAAUUAGUGACCAGCAGUUCUUUUCUGAGCCACAGCUGAUCAACAUACAAGCAUUUUCAACACAGGCCCCCUAUGUGCUGAGAAAUGAGGCCCUCCAUAUUAGCAGAGGAAAGAGGGGAACCAUCACCACCCAGCUGCUUGACAUCCGAGAUGAUGACAACCCACAGGAUGUGGUAGUCGAAGUGCUUGAUCCUCCACUUCAUGGCCAAUUGCUCCAAACGCUUCAGUCCCCUGCGACGCCUGUCUAUCAAUUCCGGCUAGAUGAACUCUCCAGGGGCCUUCUCCUCUAUGCUCAUGAUGGCUCGGACAGCGUUUCCGAUGUUGCAGUCUUGCAGGCCAAUGAUGGACACUACUUCCAAAAUAUACUGUUCCACGUGAAGACCGUGCCCAAGAACGAUGGAGGUCUUCAGCUGGUGGCUAAUUCAAUGGUGUGGGUUCCGGAAGGGGGAAUGCUGCAGAUUACCAACAGAAUUUUACAGGCCGAAGCUCCAGGGGCCAGGGCCUCAGAAAUCACCUACAAAAUUACACAAGACCACCCCCAAUUUGGGGAGGUGGUCCUUCUGGUUAAUAUGCCCGCAGACAGCCCUGCAGAUGAAGGACAGCACCUGCCUGAUGGGAGGACAGCAACCCCCACCAGCACCUUCACGCAGCAAGACAUCAAUGAAGGCAUCGUGUGGUACAGGCACUCAGGAGUCCCGGCCCAGAGUGAUUCCUUCCGCUUUCAGGUAUCUAGUGCCACAGAUGCCCACACCCACCUGGACAGCCGACUGUUCAACAUCGCGAUCUUACCACAAACGCCUGAAGCGCCUCAGCUCUCUCCGGGAGCAUCUCUCCAUAUGACUGCACGUGAAGAUGGCCUGACUGCGAUUCAGCCUCAUUCCCUCUCCUUUGUAAACUCCGAGAGGCCAAGUAGAAAGAUUAUAUACAAUAUCACUCGACCUCUGCAUCCAAAUCAAGGUAUCAUCGAACACGUGGACCAGCCUCAUACUCCCGUCCAGUAUUUCACACAGGAAGACAUUAACCAGGGCAAAAUCAGGUACCGUCCUCCCACUGCAGCCGCCCACCUCCAGGAGCUCAUGGCCUUUUCCUUUGCAGGUCUCCCAGAAUCGGUGAAAUUCCACUUCCUAGUUUCUGAUGGAGAACACACAAGUCCGGAGAUGGACCUCACCAUUCACUUACUUCCCACUAAUGGGCGUCCACCAGUGUUCCAGGUCACAGCUCCACUGCUUGAGGUCAGCCCAGGAGGCCGCACUUCUAUAGGACUGCAGUUGGUAGUAAGAGAUACCGAGACAGCACCCAAAGAACUCUCCUUUGAGCUUCGGAAACCUCCAGAGCAUGGCAUGAUCCUUAAGCACACAGCUGAGUUCCAAGGGCCCAUGGCCACAGGUGACACUUUCACAUAUGAGGAUAUUGAGAAAAAUGUUCUGCAGUAUCUACAUGAUGGCUCCUCUGCCCGGGAAGACAGCAUGGAGAUUUCAGUCACAGAUGGCGUUUCAGUGACAACAGUGGAAGUGAGAGUGCAGGUGUCACUGUCAGAGGACCAAGGGCCUCGGCUGGCUGCUGGUGCCUCUCUGAGCAUUACCGUUGCUAGUAAAAGCACAGCUGUCAUCACGAGGUCACACCUUGCUUAUGUUGAUGAUUCUUCCCCCGACUCAGAAAUCUGGAUUCGGUUAAGUUCUCUGCCCAUGUAUGGUUCUCUCUUAAGAACCUCAGGGCCUCAUGUGGAGGAAAUAGCGGAGGUUUCCAAUUUCACGAUGGAAGACAUCAACAACAGGAAAAUUAGGUACUCAGCUGUGUUUGAGACUGACAAUCAUCUGGUUACUGAUAGCUUCCAUUUCUCUGUGUCUGAUACGGAUCACAACCGUCUGGACAAUCAGAUGUUUACCAUCAUGAUCACCCCUGUCAGGAAUCCACCGCCAGUCAUUGCUUUUGCUGACCUUAUCACGGUUGAAGAGGGAGGGAGAGCCCCACUCUCAUUUCACCAUUUCUUUGCUGCUGCUGAUCAUGACAACCUCCAGGGAGAUGCUGUCAUCAGACUAAGUGCUCUGCCCACCUACGGCUGCAUCGAGAACACAGGAACAGGUGAUCGUUUUGGCCCUGGAACUGCCAGUGACCUAGAAGCAUCGUUCCCUAUUCAAGAUGUCCUGGAAAACUAUAUUUACUACUUUCAGAGUGUUCAUGAAAGCAUUGAGCCAACCCAUGACAUUUUUAGUUUUUAUGUAAGUGAUGGAAACAGUCGUUCAGAAAUCCACAGCAUCAAUAUCACCAUCGAGAGGAAGAAUGAUGAGCCUCCCAGGAUGACUUUGCAGCCCCUGCAUGUGCAGCUGCACUCAGGAGUGGUGAUAAGCAAUUCUUCCUUGAGCCUGCAAGACCUGGACACUCCAGAUAAUGAGCUGAUUUUUGUAUUGACAAAAGAGCCCGACCACGGUCAUCUACUCCAGAGGAAAAGUGCUUCUGAGCCUCUGGAGAAUGGGAGGAUUUUAGACCAGGGCUCAUCUUUCACCUACCAGGACGUCCUGGGUGGCCUGGUUGGGUACAUGCCUGGUGGUCCUCAUGUGGCAGUGGAUGAGUUCCGGUUCUCUCUCACUGAUGGCCUCCAUAUGGACACAGGGAGGAUGGAGAUAUACAUAGAUCUGCCUACGGGUGAUACCCCCUACUUGGCUAUUAACCGAGGCCUACAACUUUCAGCAGGGUCUGUAGCACGCAUCACAGAACAGUACCUGAAAGUGGCAGGUACUGACUCAGAUGACCGUCAGGUGAUGUUCAUCAUGAAGGAAGAUCCUGGUGCAGGGCGCCUGCAGAUGGUAAAGCAUGGCGACCUGGAGCAAAUCUCCGUUAAAGGCCCCAUUCGAAGUUUCACCCAGGCUGACAUUCGCCAAGGCCAAGUAGAAUACAGCCACAGAAAAGGAGAAUCUGGCGGGAGCUUUGCUUUUAGAUUUGAUGUGGUUGAUGGAGAAGGCAACAAAUUGGUUGGCCAGUCAUUUUCCAUCAGUGUUUCGGAAGACAAAUCUCCACCAGUCAUCACCACCAAUAAAGGGCUGGUCUUGGAUGAAAACUCUAUGAAGAAAAUCACUACUCUGCAGCUCUCUGCCACUGCCCACGAGAGUGAACCUGCAGAAUUGACCUACAGAAUCACCAGACAGCCCCAGCUGGGCCACCUGGAGCAUGCAGCAUCACCGGGUAUCCAGAUUACUUCCUUUACUCAAGCUGACCUGACUUCACGGAACAUUCAGUAUAUCCACUCCAGUGAGUCCGAGGAACAUUCAGAUGCCUUCAUUUUUACGCUGUCGGAUGGAGUCAAUGAGGUGACUCAGACUUUCCAUAUCACUCUUCGCCCUGUGGAUGAUUCGCUGCCCAUGGUACAGAGCUUGGGGAUGCGGGUACAGGAGGGCGUGAGGAAGACCAUCACAGAGUUUGAGCUCAAGGCGGUGGAUGAGGACACAGAGGCUGAGUCUGUCACGUUCACCAUCGUGCAGCCCCCACGCCAUGGCACCAUUGAGCGAACCACCAACGGCCAGCAUUUCCAGCACACCUCCACCUUCACCAUGGAAGACGUCUACCAGAACCGGGUCAGCUAUAGCCAUGAUGGCAGCAACUCCCUCAAAGACUGGUUCACCUUCACUGUUGAUGAUGGAACAAAUCCUUUCUUUAUUAUUGAGGAAGGAGGGAAAGAGAUUAUGACAGCAGCACCUCAGCAGUUCCAAGUAGAUAUUCUCCCAGUAGAUGAUGGCACCCCGAGAAUUGUUACCAACCUAGGACUCCAAUGGCUGGAGUAUAUGGAUGGCAAGGCUACCAACUUGAUCACCAAGAAGGAACUGCUGACCAUGGACCCGGACACGGAGGACCUGCAGCUUGUCUAUGAGAUUACAAGGGGCCCCAAGCAUGGCUCCGUGGAGAACAAGCUGCAGCCUGGAAGGGCUGCUGUGACUUUCACGCAGGAGGAUGUGAACUUAGGGUUGAUUCGUUAUGUGUUGCAUGAGAAGAAGAUCCAUGAGAUGAUGGAUAGUUUUCAGUUUCUGGUGAAAGACAGUAAACCCAAUGUGGUCCGUGACAAUAUCUUCCAUAUCCAGUGGUCCCUCAUCAGCUUUAAAUACACCAGCUACAAUGUCAGUGAGAAGGCAGGCUCUGUGAGCGUCACAGUGCAGAGGACUGGAAACCUGAACCAGUAUGCCAUCGUCCUGUGUCGCACUGAACAAGGCACCGCCAGCUCCAGCUCCAGGGUCAGCUCCCAACCUGGGCAGCAGGACUACGUGGAGUAUGCUGGCCAGGUGCAGUUUGAUGAGCGAGAGGACACCAAAUCCUGCACUAUUGUCAUCAACGAUGAUGAUGUGUUUGAGAAUAUCGAGAGUUUCACCGUGGAGCUCAGCAUGCCAGCAUAUGCCCUGCUAGGGGAGUUCACCCAGGCGAAGGUCAUUAUCAACGACACUGAGGAUGAACCCACAUUAGAGUUUGAUAAGAAGACCUACCGAGUCAACGAGAGUGCUGGUUUUCUGUUUGCACCUAUUGAAAGAAAAGGGGAUUCAAGCAGCAUUGUAUCUGCGAUUUGCUACACAAUCCCUAAGUCAGCUAUGGGAAGUAGCCUUUAUGCUCUGGAAUCGGGCUCUGAUUUUAAAUCUAGAGGAAUGUCUGCUGAGAGUCGCGUGAUCUUCGGGCCUGGCAUCACCAUGUCCACCUGUGACGUCAUGCUCAUUGAUGACAGCGAGUAUGAAGAGGAGGAAGAGUUUGAGAUUGCCCUGGCAGAUGCUUCUGCCAAUGCCCGCAUCGGAGCGGUGUCAUUGGCCAAGGUGCUUAUUAGUGGUCCCAAUGAUGCCUCCACUGUGUCCCUGGGCAACACGGCUUUCACGGUCAGCGAGGAUGCAGGCACAGUGAAGAUUCCAGUAACCCGCCAUGGGACUGACCUUUCUACCUUGACGUCUGUCUGGUGUGCAACGCGACCCUCGGACCCAGCUUCUGCCACUCCAGGAGUUGACUACGUUCCCAGCUCCAGGAAGGUGGAGUUUGGGCCAGGUAUCACUGAGCAGUAUUGCACCUUGACUAUCUUGGAUGACACUCAGUAUCCAGUAAUUGAAGGACUGGAGACCUUUGUGGUUUUUCUCAGCUCAGCACAAGGGGCCGAACUGACCAAACCCUUCCAAGCUGUCAUUGCAAUUAAUGACACAUUCCAGGAUGUGCCCAGCAUGCAGUUUGCCAAGGAUUUGCUCCUAGUGAAGGAGAAGGACGGUGUCCUGCAUGUGCCUAUCGUUCGGAGUGGAGACCUGAGCUAUGAGUCGUCAGUGAGGUGCUAUACUCAGGGCCAUUCAGCUCGGGUCAUGGAGGACUUCGAGGAAAGGAGAAAUACAGACUCUUCACGGAUUACGUUUCUGAAAGGAGAAAAAAUGAAGAACUGUACUGUCUCUAUCCAUGAUGACUCCAUGUUUGAGCCUGAGGAACAAUUCAGGGUCUACCUCGGCCAUCCUCUUGGAAACCACUGGAGUGGAGCCAGAGUUGGAAAGAAUAACAUGGCCACCAUCACCAUAUCCAACGAUGAAGAUGCCCCCACCAUUGAGUUUGAAGAAGCAGCAUACCAAGUCCGAGAACCCUCGGGGCCAGAUGCUACGGCCAUUCUGAGCAUCAAGGUGAUCCGCAGAGGGGAUCAGAACAGGACGUCGAAGAUCCGCUGUAGCACACGGGACGGGUCUGCCCAGUCUGGUGUGGAUUAUUACCCAAAGAGCCGAGUCUUAAAGUUCAAUCCCGGUGUGGAUCAUAUCUUUUUUAAAGUCGAAAUCCUGUCCAAUGAAGAUCGGGAAUGGCAUGAAUCUUUCUCCCUGGUCCUUGGCCCAGAUGACCCAGUGGAAGCAGUUCUUGGUGAUGUGACCACUGCCACGGUGACGAUUCUAGACCAGGAGGCAGCAGGGAGUCUCAUAUUGCCAGCACCACCCAUCGUUGUCACACUGGCCGACUAUGACCAUGUAGAAGAGGUUAACAAGGACGGUGUCAAGAAGUCCCCCUCCCCAGGCUACCCGCUGGUCUGUGUCACUCCCUGUAACCCUCAUUUCCCCAAGUAUGCCGUCAUGAAGGAGCGCUGCAGUGAGGCUGGCAUCAACCAGACAUCUGUGCAGUUCAGCUGGGAAGUGGCUGCCCCCACUGAUGGCAACGGGGCCCGGUCUCCCUUUGAGACUGUCACCGACAAUACACCUUUCACCAGUGUCAACCACAUGGUCCUGGAUAGCAUUUACUUCAGCCGGAGGUUCCAUGUACGUUGUGUGGCAAAGGCUGUGGACAAGGUGGGCCACGUCGGGACCCCUUUAAGAAGCAACAUUGUUACCAUUGGAACAGACAGUGCUAUCUGUCACACCCCAGUGGUGGCUGGGACAGCAAGAGGCUUCCAGGCUCAGUCCUUCAUUGCUACCUUGAAAUACCUGGACGUCAAACACAAGGAGCAUCCAAACAGAAUUCACAUUUCAGUGCAGAUCCCACACCAGGAUGGAAUGCUGCCCCUUAUCUCCACCAUGCCUUUGCACAACUUGCAUUUUCUAUUAUCUGAGUCCAUCUACAGACACCAGCACGUCUGCUCCAAUCUUGUCACCACCCGCGAUCUGAGAGGCACCUCAGAGGCAGGGUUCCUGGAUGACUCAGUCUACCACAGCACAGCCCUGGGGCCUGGCUAUGACCGCCCCUUCCAGUUUGACCCCAGCGUGCGGGAGCCCAAGACCAUCCAGCUCUACAAACACUUGAACCUGAAGAGCUGUGUCUGGACCUUCGAUGCCUAUUACGACAUGACAGAGUUAAUUGACGUCUGUGGGGGGUCAGUUACUGCCGACUUCCAGGUGAGAGACUCUGCUCAGUCAUUCCUGACAGUGCACGUGCCUCUCUAUGUAUCCUACAUCUAUGUGACAGCUCCCAGGGGCUGGGCCUCCUUGGAACACCACACCGAGAUGGAGUUUUCCUUCUUCUACGACACUGUUCUCUGGAGAACAGGAAUCCAGACAGACAGUGUGCUCUCAGCAAGGCUUCAGAUAUUAAGAAUCUAUAUUCGAGAGGAUGGCCGUCUUGUCAUUGAAUUCAAGACCCAUGCCAAAUUCAGAGGACAGUUCGUGAUGGAGCACCACACCCUCCCUGAUGUGAAGUCUUUCAUAUUGACUCCUGACCACCUAGGAGGAAUUGAAUUUGGCCUGCAGCUACUGUGGAGUGCUCAGACCUUCGAUUCUCCAUAUCAACUCUGGAGAGCCACAAGCUCUUACAACAGGAAAGACUACUCUGGGGAGUACACCAUCUACCUGAUUCCUUGCACAGUGCAGCCCACACAGCCAUGGGUUGACCCAGGAGAAAAGCCUUUGGCCUGCACUGCGCAUGCCCCAGAGAGAUUCCUGAUACCCAUUGCAUUCCAGCAGACCAACCGCCCCGUACCAGUUGUGUAUUCGCUCAAUACUGAAUUUCAGCUGUGCAAUAAUGAGAAGGUGUUUCUAAUGGAUCCCAACACAUCUGAUAUGUCACUGGCAGAAAUGGAUUACAAAGGAGCCUUCUCAAAAGGUCAAAUCCUUUAUGGCCGAGUACUUUGGAAUCCAGAACAAAACCUCAAUUCUGCUUACAAACUUCAGCUGGAGAAAGUCUAUCUUUGUACUGGCAAGGAUGGCUAUGUGCCUUUCUUUGAUCCCACGGGGACAAUCUACAAUGAAGGGCCACAGUACGGAUGCAUUCAGCCCAACAAACACCUAAAACACAGAUUCCUAUUGCUGGACCGUAGUCAACCAGAGGUAACUGAUAAGUACUUCCAUGACGUCCCCUUUGAGGCCCACUUUGCAUCUGAGCUGCCUGAUUUCCAUAUGGUCAGUAGCAUGCCAGGUGUGGAUGGAUUCACUCUGAAAGUGGAUGCACUCUAUAAGGUAGAAGCAGGACACCAGUGGUAUCUCCAGGUGAUCUACAUCAUUGGCCCCGAUACCGUCUCAGGGCCCCGGGUCCAGCGCUCGCUCCCGGCCCCUCUGAGGCGCAACCGAAGGGACCUGGUGGACCCUAGUGGUCGACUGACCCUGGAUGAUUCCCUCAUCUAUGACAACGAAGGGGACCAAGUCAAGAAUGGCACCAAUAUGAAGUCCCUGAAUCUGGAGAUUCAAGAGCCAGUUGUAGCGGCUUCUCUAUCCCAAACCGGGGCAUCGAUUGGCAGUGCGCUGGCUGCUAUCAUGCUUCUCCUUCUGGUGUUUUUGGUGGCUUGUUUCAUCACCAGGAAGUGCCAGAAACAUAGGAAGAAACUGCCCAUAGAGGACAUUUUGGAGGAAUACCCUCUGAAUACCAAGGUGGAUGUGUCCAAGAGGAGCUCGGACAGGGUGGAGAAGAACGUGAACAGACAGUACUGCACCGUGCGGAAUGUCAACAUACUGACUGACGCUGAGGGGGCUUACGCGUUCAAAGGUGCUAAAGUGAAAAAAUUGAAUCUGGAAGUCAGAGUACACAACAAUUUACAAGACGGAACGGAAGUUUAAUGGAGGACACCCAUGUGUAUUUUUUUUCUAAAACCGUUUUUAUAAAACAGGGGAAAAUACUGGUAUUUUUAUAAUCUUGCAAAUUAAAAAGGGAAAACUGUAGCUUUAAGCGGUGGAAGGCACACAUCACAUGCAUCAACUCACAACUGAGCUACCUCAUUAAACAAAGAACCACUGAGACCCCCAGGUUAUUGGAAUAGUUCUUUCUGUGGAUCCCUUUAAUAGUCUCAGCAGCUACGAUUGCUCCUUUUGUAAGGCCGAUCUUUUACUAUUAGCACAGAAGUGUGACGAUUAGGUUAGCCGAGGGAGUUCAGAGGACAGGAAUGUACCGUGGCAGAUCUCAGGGUGGGUUGUAGUUCAGGGCCUUUGGUUUCCUCCCCCACCUCCUGCUUUCUUCUACUUGGACUUUUUCCUGGGCCUCUGGACAGCAGAGUUCGAAUUGCUGACACCAGAUUCCAUUCAAAAUUCUGCUUAUCAGCACAGCAGAUGUGUUUGCUCAUUGUGUCCACUUGACAGCCUGUACUCCAUGACCUCUAAUUGUACUUUACUUUUCCAGAAUCCUUUUUACCUGGGGGUUCCAAGUGCUCUAGAACAGAGAACUUCUUCAUAACUCAUGGGAGAAACCUCGGGCUUCUCCUGUCAGACAUCAGAUAUCAGACACCAGGCAUAGCAGAACACCCCUUACAGAGGGAGAGACUGAAACCUGGGGAGAGGAGGGGUCUGGCAAGCACCUCAGAGCACGUUAGUGAUGCACUGCACCCCAGGCCCCGGGAGAGGUCCUUCUGCCUGACUGGUUUAUACUGUACCAAGGAUGUUGAAGACAUCCUCCCUGUCGAAGGAUGCUACAAAACAAGAUCAAUGCACUGUGGCCUUCUUAUUCUACAUUGCCAUGGAUGCUUCAAACACCUACCACACUUCCUGCUACCCCAGGCUUUGCCCAGUCCAAUAAUAGACAAGCCUGUGUACUUUGCUAGCUGUGGGGCUUUUAUUUUGUUAGGCCUUCAGGAAAGUAAAUGAUUCAUUUGCUUUUGUCUCCAAAUCAAAUUCGGAGAAAGCCCAGUCCAGAGUGAAAUCAGUUAAUAGGUGCCUACUAGUACUCACAGCAGAUAAAGUACUGGUACUCACAGCAGAUAAAGUUCUGGUACUCACAGCAGAUAAAGUACUGGUAGUCACAGCAGAUAAAGUACUAGUGCUCACAGCAGAGAAAGGCAGCAUUCCUGGUACCGUAUUUCAGGGAUUUCUCUUUUGAGGGGGGUUCUUUUCUGGUAGCUCAGGCACUUAUUUUACCAUAUUAGCACAUGACAAAAGCCAUAAACACAUGGCUUUAAAAUGAUUUAGUGUUCAAAUAGCAGCUUAAUGAUUUUGCACGUAGUGUGCACACAGCUUGCUUUUGUGUUUCUUUUUGGUCCCUGCCUUACCGGCAAAAACAUAAGCAUGCAUGUCUGUUGUUUUAAAUUGGAAGCACAAUUCCAUUGUUCAGGAGUAAAAGACACAUUCUCUUCUCGAGGCAUGGCACACCAUAGUCACUGAGCAAAUAACAGAGCAUUCACGUUGUGUAAUAUUUGUAUUAGAAUGACCCAAACUCUUUGAGAACAUUCCAAACUGGAAACACUUUGGUACUAAAAGCCACACAGAAUGAACUGUGAAAGGUUUCAGGCAUCUCUCCCAGAUUCCAAACUCCUUGAGAGUAGGACCUAUGUGAGCCAUGCCUUUGCUUAUUCAACAGUGCCUUGCACAUAAUAAACACUCAAGAAAUAUUUGUUGAGUGAACAAAUGACUGGUGUCAUGGGUGAGUGAUAGCGGAAUAAAUUUAGGAAGGGGAGUUGAGCCCAUAUGGUGGUGAUAUCACACGGGCAAGUAAAAGAAAACAAUAAAAACUGUCUCUUCUACUGGGUUAUAAAAUACUCUUCUCAUUGGAAAACAGGCAUGACUCUGGUAGUCGUCCUGAGGAGGACUGAACAGAAAAAUCAGAAUGUAUUAGCAGGAGGGGAAACUGUAACUCGGUCGAUUGAGCAGGACAUUGAGAGGAACAUCUGACUUAGCAUUCUGAGACGAGUGUCAAGUUUUCAGGAGAGGAUGAAUUGGGGGGAGCCCAGAACCGGAAACCUGGCUGGUCAGGGGGUACUUGAGACCAGCUGGGCAAUUCGGGGCAGAACUGUAUCAGCCUCAUAAAUGUCUCGUGGCUGGAGAGCUCACCAGCCAGGCAUAGAAUCUUCUCCAGAACAACCUAGAAGGUUAAUGCUAAUUCUACAAGGACAGGAAGCCAGUCAUUUGUGGAGCAACUUUUGAUUUGGCCCGUUAUUUGUAACUGCGUCCAGUGCUACGUAGAAUGCCUAUACAUUAAAGCAGCAGCUUUCCAUUUGCUCAAAUAUUCUUCUUGCACAUCCGUUCCAUUAUUACAGCAUUGGACACAGGCACAGAAGAGCACAGACGGGGGGCAGAAUGAAGCUAGCGUGGUAAGGAAUAGAGACAGAUCUCCAAGUGCUCCUAGCAGCCUCCGUGUAGGUCUGGCAUGACAGGGCAGCUUCCUGUGAGGACCUUGAAAC